UAGUUCAGCGACAGCCGUGGCUUCGGGUGCACACAUUUCUUGCGCACUACUCGCGAUUUGCUGUGAAAGUCAUCAGGAGAAAAGUGCCCCAUUCAUACACAUAUUAGUUUGGAGAAAAAAAAUUCUCUUUGCGUGAAGGAAUUUUUUCUUUUAAUUUUAUUCUAAAUUCUGUGUUCGACUAAAAGCUCUCUCCCUCCUUAACCUGUGAUCUUUGGGUGCAUUCUCUUCCUGUGGAAAACAGAAUAUCUCUUCGAUUGUUGCAUUUUUGGAAGUCGUGCCAAAUUUUUCUGUGGCAAGUCAUCCGAGGCAAAUUACCUCCCUCCUCCCUCACCAGUAUGGAGCAUCAAUGUGAAUUUACGGCCAAAAACAUCCACCCCUGCUGAGUGGGUGUGUGUGUGCAGGAAAAGAGUGCAAAGAACCCCCCACAAUAUGGCUAUUCAGGUCCUCGACUACGACCACUUUGCCAUAAGUGCAAUCGUCACGGUUGCCAUGCAGAUCAUCUUCUUCAUCAUCGCAGCAACAUUCCAGCUGGAUAAACUCACGGACUUUGCCGGUGGGGUGAACUUCAUCAUUGUUGCCCUCCUCACGUUCUUCCUGGGGCAAAUUGAUCGUACCAUGAAGGCCUACGAUAGUCGUCAGCUGAUGGUGACUGUGUUCGUUUGCAUCUGGGGUGCAAGGCUGUCCGGCUACCUCCUGUAUCGCAUCGUUAAAAUCGGCAGGGAUAAGCAGUUUGAGGAUACAAAACGCAAUGUUAUUCGUUUCGCCGUCUUCUGGACCUUCCAGGCCGUGUGGGUGUUUGUUGUGUCUCUCCCUGUGAUAAUUAUAAAUUCACCGCGGCAUUCUCAGCCAAAAGCUCCGCGGACAAUGACGACCCUGGAUUCGGCCGGUACGGGUAUGUUUACGGUGGGUCUACUGGCUGAGACGUAUGCUGACCUCCAGAAGUUCAGCUUUCGCCAAGAUCCGGCGAAUCAGGGAAAAUUCUGCAAUGAUGGUCUGUGGCGUCUUUCGCGGCAUCCAAACUACUUCGGGGAAAUCGUCAUUUGGUGGGGUAUCUUUGUCAUCUCGAUUAAUGUGAUUGAUGGCCUCGAAUGGGUCGCCAUCCUAUCGCCCAUCUUCACCACCUUUAUCAUUCUCUUCCUGUCUGGAAUCCCCCUCCGUGAGAGAUCCUCAGACAACAAAUACCGAGACAACAUUGAGUACCGGAAAUACAAAGCUUCCACCUCACCACUCAUCCCCAUCCCACCGGCUGUCUACAGCGAAGUCCCGCGUGCCCUCAAGUUCAUCCUGUGCUGCGAAUUUCCCCUCUACGACAGCCUGGACAUCCACACGGAGGAAAUGCCGUACGCCAUUUCACUCGCCCACUCCCACACAUAGCAAUCAAUGCCCGGACCCAGCUCACAGCAUCACAGAGCUUCUGGGUCCGGGCAUCAGCGUAGCGCCACCGCAGCCACAUCCUCAUCCGCGUCGACGGUGCACGAGGAUCAGGAGACAAAGCAGUACGUCGUGUCGGCCACUGCAACUCACUGCAUUCCCGGAGCCACGGGCAGCUCCACCAUCACCACCAUUCUGUGAUUCCGCCACGCAGGAGGUGGCCUGGCCAUGGGAUGCUCAGUGCGUGGAUGGUAAUUAAACAAAACAUACAUAAAUAUAUUUUUUUAAAGGUAGCAAAAGAUGAAUUUAAUUAAGAUUUAUGCGGAGGUUGCUGAAUUUUGUUCGUUAUGCUCAAAACUCUCCAAAUUCUAUGCUCAAAACUUGAUCUAUCUUUCGCUCAAAGGGUUGAGAAUGAAGUUUCUAGAAAAAUAUUUCUUUUAUAGAAAAACAUUUCUUUUAUUUCUUAAAGAGAAAGACUUGCUUGAGGAAUCUUAAUUUUGUGAAAAUUCAGCUGAUAUUUUUAACAAAAAGAAAAUUAAAGACAAGAAAUUUCUUUAAAAAAUCGCUUUUAUUCACUAAAAGGUUGAUCUAUUUCACCAAAAAUAUUUUUUAAAAACAUUUUUUUUUACUUUUUUCACAAAACAAUUUUUUAGACAAUUUUUUUUUCAAAGAUUUAACAUUUUAAAUUCAUAUCAAAGUGCACAAAAAUGUAUUUCUUUAAAUAUCCUUUUAAAUCCGUUUAAUAAAAGGAAAAAUAUUUGAAAAAAAAAACUUUUUUUAAUUACUAAAAAAAUAUAAAACUAUUAAGAAAAAACUUUAGCAAAUUAUUAGAAAAUAAGUUAGUUUGUUACCUAUAAUUUAGCCCAUCAACAGUGUUGAAUAAAUAAAUUUAUUAUGUAGAAGAUUUAAUAUAAAUUCUAGUUUUAGAAUAAUUUUGCUACCCACUGAAGAACAAAAUAUUUGCAA